CUGACUGACGCAGAGUGUUAACUGGCUCGUGAGAAAGGGAGCUUGUGACAGCAAAGAAGACUGCAUGGGGAGGAAGGAAACAGUGCUGACUCCUUCUCCUGAAGAUGUCUCAGAAAUGGGCAGUCCUGGCUGUGCUCUUUUUCUUGCCAAUCAAUCUGACUGAAGCUUCCAACACGGUGAGUGUGGAGGCUGGUCAUGAGGCUGUGCUGAGCUGCCCUUACAUCUUCAACGUGUCUUUGCUGAUGGUGACAUGGAAGAAGAAAUGCAGCAGUUGCUGCGUGUUGGCCUACAGAAGUGAUCACAAUGAGACAGGGAAGACAAACUGCACUGAGAGGAUCAUGUGGAAAUAUUCACCUGACAGUGACCCUGCCCUUCGUAUUUACCCCGUGAACCUUAGUGAUGAGGGAAAUUACAGCUGUGAAAUUGUCAACAGCGAAGGGAAUUUUUAUUUUUCCUCUUCUCUGACUGUCAUGGUCCCUCCUAGAGCGACUCUGACCUACGACAAGAGCAGGGGGGCCGUCUGCCGGGCGUCUGCGGGAAAGCCGGCUGCUGGCAUCUCCUGGAUCCCGGCAAGCAACGCCAGCACUGAGGAAGAAAUCCAGCACGCCAACGGGACGGUGACCAGGGUGAGCUACACAGGCUGGGCCAACAGCACGCUGCCCACUGCCACCUGCCUGGUGACCCACCCAGCCUCAAACCACACCCUGUCCAUAGACCUGACGAAUGCUUCCCCCAGCCUUCCCUAUCUCCUGAUAGGAGGAUCUGCAAGUGUUGCUGCUGUCACUGGUGUGACUUUAUGCUUGAUUUUCUGGUGCAGAGCUUCCCGGUUACGACAAUUGGCACAGGGGCCAGCAGAACCAUCUGCAACUAGAAACUUCAAGUCCACACCCUCAGAUUUCUUACCAGAGAGUACCUACGAGAACUACUAUCCAGGAUCCAUAUAUAUGAACCAAUACCAGUGCAGGCAUAAGUAGUCUGAUUCCAGCUCAGCUAGUAAUGAUACCCAGCUACUUGAACUUCAACUAAUAAACCUCAGACCUUACCCACAAAGGAAAGCCUUUGUCUUUCCUGACGGUGGGGGAGAAAAACCCAUUUUAGCACGUUGUUUUUCUCUUUCUCAGUGUAUCAGUACAGCUAUUGAAACAGAUAAAACUUUUAAAGACUGACUUGGGAAAACACCUACCUGAAUUUUGUUAGAAAAUGGACUCUGAGGUACGUGCUGCCUUUCCUCAAAACAAUAACUGAUGUGUAUCUGUGCCAGAGGAACAGUGUGCUGGUGAAAAUAUAGCACUAUGUUUCCAUUUUAGCAACUGGAUUCUCUUUGCACUUUUGUGUUGGAAAC